AUGAAUUCAACUAACUCACGGGUAGUGGAUGAAGAUUUUUCCAUUUCUGUUCAGACUUGUGACACAGUUAGUUUGGGGCCCACAAACCCUUUAAAAGGGAAGUUUCGGGCUUCUAUUGGAUCUCAUGAGUUUUUUAGCCCAGAGACAUGGAAAGCAGCUUUUACAGAAUUAGUAGCAACUGCCUCUCUAAUGAUCACCUUAACAAGCUCCAUUAUUGCAUGCUUAGACUCACAUGAAACCGAUCCUAAGCUUAUUAUUCCAAUUGUAGUUUUCAUCAUAGCCUUUUUAUUCCUAAUUGUUACAAUUCCUCUAUCCGGUGGUCACAUGAGCCCUGUUUUCACAUUCAUAGCUGCAUUAAAAGGUGUUGUCACACUUUCUCGUGCACUUCUUUACAUCUUAGCACAAUGCAUUGGCUCAAUAAUUGGUUUCUAUAUACUCAAAUGUGUCAUGGACCCAAAUUUAAUAAAUACAUAUUCAUUAGGAGGUUGUGCUAUUGGUGGCAAAGGAUUAAAUUCUAGUAUUCAUCAACAUGAUGCUUUAUUAUUGGAAUUCUCUUGCACAUUUUUAGUACUCUUUUUGGGUGUCACAUUGGCUUUUGACAAAAAAAGGUCAAAGGAUUUGGGCUUACCAAUGAUAUGUUUGGUCAUUGCUGGGGCUAUGGCAUUGGCAGUAUUUGUGUCCAUAACUGUAACUGGACGGGCCGGUUAUGCUGGUGUUGGGCUGAACCCAGCUAGAUGCUUAGGUGCGGCUUUGUUUCAUGGAGGCUCGUUAUGGAAUGGGCAUUGGGUUUUUUGGGUUGGGCCUAUCUUGGCCUGCUUAAUGUAUUAUAGUUUAUCUAUCAACCUACCAAAUGAGUAGGAGAGU